GCGCUCCGAGCAGGAGUGGAGUGACAGUGGGGAAGUGCAUCUGGUGGUGGUACCACAUCCUCCAGCCCCAGGACUGUGACCGGUGAUAACCCAGCAGAUCUCAGCUGAAGACCCUGCAGCCUCCAGACUCUGCCCACUCAUCAGACCUGGUCUGAGUCUUUGGAUCAGUUCCACCUCUUCAGAUCCUUCAGAUAGAGUUCUGCGCUUUUACGCGGAAGAAGGAGAAAAUGAACGAGAGUGAAUUAAAGCUGGCGGAGUACGGCUUCGAGCGGCGCUUCGACGAGAGACAGGCUCUAGAAUGGAUGCAGGAGAACUGGAGCAAAGCCUUCAUGUUCUGUGGCCUGUAUGCUGCCAUCGUGUUCGGCGGUCAGCACUUCAUGAGGGAGAGGCCGAAGCUGAACCUGCGACGUCCGCUGGUGCUGUGGUCACUCAGCCUCGCCAUCUUCAGUAUCAUUGGAGCCCUGAGGACCGGACUCUACAUGUUCCACGUCAUCACAAACAGCGGCUUCAGACAGUCUGUGUGUGACUCCAGCUUCUACAGCGCCCCCAUCACCAAGUUCUGGGCCUACGCCUUCGUCCUGAGCAAAGCCCCCGAGCUGGGUAAGACACUCUGCUUCAUGUUCCUGAGACUCUUCUUUAGGAUGAAAUAUUCAGAGUUAUCUUCAGGCUGCUUGAAAACAAAGUGUUGUUUUAAAUCCACAUGCUCCCUGCAGUGA